AUGCGUUGCGUGAUAUUGCUUGGAUUGAUCGCCUGUCUGGCGUGUCUGUCUAUGGCCUGGGGCCUGGAGGAGUCGUCCAACGAUCAGGAUCUGUCUCUGUCGCCUGUGGAGCAGGGCAUCGAGCAGCCCGCCGAGGGACAGGUUCGUGCCAAGCGUCAGUUCUAUGGCGGACGUCCCUACUAUGGUGGUGGCUUCGGCGGCUUUGGACGCCCGUAUGGAGGAGGAUUUGGAGGUGGAUAUUAUGGUCGUCCCUACUACGGAGGCUAUGGACGUCCCUAUGGCGGUGGAUUCGGAGGGCCCUUCUAUGGCGGUGGAUUCUUCGGCUAA